GCCUCUGCCUCCUUCACCUCCGGCGUCGCCCCCCCAGUAACCCUCUCCCCAACAGUUUCGCCCGCGCCCGUCGCGGUUCCGAGCGUGGGGCUAGGUGAGUUGGGUGGCUCGGCCCGUUCCAGUCCCAAGAUGAUAAUGACCGAUUCCCCUGGAGGCGAAUCCCAGCGCCCAGCUACGAGCCCCGCGAUGAUUAUACCUCGAAAGGAAGAUGCUGUCCAGGUUUCAUUUGUGGACUUUGCUACGCGCUAUCGCCAGAGCCAGCGCAAACAGGCGCAAAGGAAGCGACUGGAGAAGCGCCUGCGCGCAACCAAAGUAUCCAUCGGAGUUUCUGCGCGCAUGAUCCGUGUCGGGAAUACGGUCCAGCGAGGUCUUGUUGAAGCUCUUAAACAAGAUGACAAGGCCAAUUUCGCUGCCCUCUAUCAUAUGCUUUAUGAUCUUCAGGAGUCCUGUGUAUCCAGCGCCCGCGGUGACGAACAUCAGGACCUACCAGACGAACGGGAGCCCUCAUCGGAGUCCAAACUGGAUCCAUCAUCUGAUUUCUUUCACCAGUUAAGCCCCCAGUCCCGCGCGGAACUGCUGGAGAUUUUGCGUCUGGUUCGCUCUGACCCACAAUUCUUGGUCGACCGUCUUCGCAGCUUCACCUCUGCCCAACUUGCCGCAUUUAUCUCCCCGGCCACCUCAUUGGACUCCGGAGAACCUGCAUUUCCUUCUUCAUCCCGGUCCCGUGGCCAAUAUUCCUUUAACCGAAACCCGGCCCAGUCUGCCUCGUUCAAGGAUCAUGCUUAUGCUCUUGAAAGGACCGAUCCGUUGACCAUCUUGCUUUGUAACGUUUUUGCCGCGCCAAUGGAGCCCGAGACCCCCGAGGCCAGAUUACGUGUGGAGGUGUGGUCAACCAUCUGCGCUCAACUAAUGUCCCACAGCAGCAGUAGAUUUUAUCCCCUGGUCGGCCAAAUCCUUUCUUCUUGGGCCACGGGCAGCAGUUGGAAAGCCCGCCCCAAAUUUGAGCUCUACCUUAUGGAUAUCCUGCAAACCGGCGCCUUCCUCUUGGAGCAUAUAGAUACCCCUGCCGGAUUGGAUUUUGCCUUGCGGACUGAUGUUGCCGAGGAAUUCUUCGCAUCCGCCGUGGAUGAUCUUUUCCGUGUCCUUGAUGAUCCUGAUGGUGGAUUCCCUCGUACAGUCUUACAAUUUGCCAAGGCUGUUCUUUGGAAACUGGAAACUCCUGAUAGCCGCAGUCGCUUCCUCGAGUAUCUUUUUGUACAGUGGUUCUUUCCCAAGUUCCUCUACAGUGCUUUGACGUACCCUGAGACACACGGUUUGUUACUGGACUUCCAUAUUCGGAAAGAUGCCCGCGAGAAGCUACUUGGUCAAGUCGGGCUACGGGCCUACUCCCAAGUAUUCGCUGUUUUGCGCUCCAUGCAUCAUUUCUCGAUCCUCCGUCCCUCUAUCAAACAGCAUGUUGACAAUAUGCUUUCCCGGUUCCACAGUUCAGCCCCUGCCGGGUCUUCCACAGCCGAGCUUCCUGCCCAAGGCAAUCAAGGAAACCACCGCGACCCUUCGUCAACGUUUCUCCUAUUGUCCUCGACGGACGUUCUCACCCUACUAGAUGCUCUCUUCCCGCAAACGUGCUCUUCUCUUCACUCAUCGCCUGCUUCUGCCGGUGUGCCAUCCUGGUCAUCCAGCAUCCCCCCGUCAUACAAUCUGCACCCGGAGCCUCCGAUAGAGCCCGGUGUCUUGCGGCCGAACAUUGAAGCAAGCCCCCGGCCGACCUCCCAAAAUGGCUCCGUCUUUUCCAUGGACUCUUCAUGUCUCUCUGUCCCUGGGAGUGGACUUGGCCAUAUUGCUGCUCGCAUUCGCUUCGAGCUAAGCGAUCUAGACGAGCCGAAUGAACGAGCUAGGCUGGAGCAUCCCUCCGAUGAGCAUUGGACAGUCUUUUCUGUGGCCAAAGACGGUCAUGGUCUUACCUGGAGCCUACUCCCGGAUCAUGGAAAUGGGCUAUCAAAGGUCUCUGCCUUUGAAAGUGAUGAUGACACUCAUUCCACGAGUCUAGGACUGGAGGACAACCACGAGGCUCUACAAACGGCGAUAAUUCGUCUGGUUAAAGAAACCCAAGUCUGUGAUUCGGACGUUUUCGAUCCAGAAUCAAGAUCCCUCGAGCUCACCCCCAUGUCAUUGAAACAGCGCUUCAACCAGGCAAUGACUUUAUCUCAUGACUACUCAGACUUUGUCGGCGCGCAUUACUGGUGGAAUGCCUCUCGGCAGCUUCGACAGGAGAUACACUCGUCAGCCACUGCAAAUGAUUCAUGGAUACUGGGCCCCAUGUACAGCUCAUGUAUUCGGUCCCUGAACAUUUCGAGGACUGUAAUCGAGCGGUGCGAACGCGAGUUUAUCUCUUUAGAUGCUAGCCUGCGCCGACUCCAGACCCAUGUUAAGGGGCUCAUGGCCACUAUUUCCAAGGUCCGCAACAAGAUGUGGUACAUGACCGAUGUCAAGAAUUCCAUGAGGUAUGAGGAAGCCCGCAAUGUGGCAAUGGCCCUCAAGACCAUGAUCUACUCCGCCCGACCGAGUAUCGAAAUGCCUGAGGAACCAAGGUCUCGAACUGGAGCACGUUCGCUAGGAGGCUCCUUGUUCCACAAGCCGGAGCUGCAAGUCAUGAACAUGAUGAAAGCUCCUAGCAGCCAGGGUGGCCCCAAGAAACUGUCCGAUGAGCAGGUAGAGUUGACUCGCAAGUGGCUGGCCCACAACGGAAUCGAGAACUUCUGCAAAGGCGAGGAGCGAAUCCACCGGUUUUGUUACGAGGUCCGAACUAGUAUCAACCGUCUUGUGGGUGAAACGAUGGCAGAAACACCGGUGCUCUGGGCAAGUGAAUUGUUCCAGAGAGAGCGCACAAGAUACGAGGGCUACGGCUCUCGAGCUUUCCCAGGGCUUUCCGUGCCUACGACCCCUCGACCUUCCACGAAUGCUAGCGAGGAUCCAUUACAUGCUUCUCAGCUGUACGGAGGCAACCUGUCCGUACCAGAUCCACUCUCUCGCCUCUCUCAAGAUCCACCCUCCCUGGGACGCAAGCCGUCUAUUCAGAGCCUAUUUUCCGACAAAUACCGGACUCCGCGUGAUCUGCCUUCAAUCGACGUGUCCUCCCUUGGGGGGUCACCAGGUCGCGCGGCUUCCACGUCAACCGGUGAUACUUAUAGCACCUUCUGGUCUGCGGCGCAACGCCAUCCAAUGUACGCUGCCAGCGUCUCCAGCGUUUACUCACGACCUCCAUCUAUGUUCAGCGAAACUGCCACCCGCCAACCUCGCCAUUCCGAGCGCAAAACAGACGGCAAAACAGUUUUCAUGGAUGACCUGCGGCAGACACUAACCAGUCUUCUCCUGAGUGAUCUGGGGUCUCCAGUGUGGAGCUGCGGCAGUGAAACGGAUGCCUGGUUCACCAACACUCUUGAUCAGAACCGCAUCCGCGUUCAGAUGCAGAGACAUGCUGCAGUCCAGAAAUUCUACUCUGAUUAUGAGGAGCGGUCGAAGCAUCUUCGUGAGGAGCGUCGACCAUCAGGGGGUCGACGGAGCCGGUCUCUCGAUGACUCUUUUGGACGGACGCGCAAGCCUUCGACUACAAAUACACCGAAUGCCGAGCGCAAGCUUUUUGAAGAAGAUGAAAACUCGGGCUUUUCCUACAAAGCAGUCUUCCACCGGCUGAUUGAGGUUUUCUCGCGCCAUGGAAACCCGUUUGUCAAGCUCAACGCCCUGAGAGACUUGAGAUCGUUGGUGGUAGCUUCACUGAUAUCAUCUCAUGAUCCCAGCCCACCAGGCCCUCCUGUCGGGCCCGUCUCAAAUGGCGACAGAGUGCGAAACAAUGGUCACCAACCACGGUUUACCCGACACAGUUUCUCAGAAACUCAUGUUCUCACAAUGCCUCAAUCAGGCACAGCACUGCCUACAUUCACCCCACCAGAGUCGGUCACCUGUGGCUCCCGGCGAUCCGAUUACUCAACUCCGUCGGAGGAUCAAAUUGUGGCUACUCUCCGAGAUUUGAUUCUAGAAGUCAAACCUAAGACGCUAUUCCGUGACUUGCAAUUUAUUUCUUCUUUCGUCCCUGGAGAUCAAUUGAACAAAUCCGAUCGUGGGACAGCCUUUCUUCAAUUCGGUUUAGCUGCCCUGAGUCUCAAGGACGAAGUGUGUCAUAGCAUGGUUGAAAUUGCGGACCGCAUUGUCUCGCAGGAGCUUACGCGACGGCAUCCAGUUCCAGGAGCCGACCUGUACCCGCGACCGGGCCAUGCCAUUGAAGAUGCCGCGGCGAUGUGGGUUAUCACCGCUAAAGAAGGCAACCCUGUUGCGCAGCGCGAGCUCGCCAUCCUUUACCUCACACACCCCGAACAUCUUCCGCGUGUGACCCUCCCACUCACGCGUCCGCGCGACACGUUCAAGGCCGAGAUGAUGUACCGGCGAGGCACAGACUCUAAGUCCGACCCGCAAAGCAUGUGUCUGGCACUGCACUGGAUGCAGCUGUCAGCAAACGGAGGCGACGUCCUGGCGCGCAAUCGCCUCCGCGAGCGAGAAGAGUUUGAUUCCAUUGCAUGA